UCUGUGUUGUGAGUUGUGAGGUGAGAAAGGGCUAAAAGGAGAUUGACAGGCAGUUGAAGGGGGCACUCGAGGUCAAAACAAAGCACCAUAGAAUUCUGUGUGUGUGAGUGAGAGAGAGAGAGAUGACCUCAGGCGGGAUCGAAGAUGAAGAGAAAUGGCUGGCGGAAGGGAUCGCCGGACUUCAACACAAUGCCUUCUAUAUGCAUCGCGCACUGGAUUCGAACAAUCUCAAGGACGCUCUCAAGUAUUCUGCUCAGAUGCUCUCCGAGCUUCGGACUUCCCGGCUUUCCCCUCACAAAUACUACGACCUUUACAUGCGAGCCUUCGAUGAAUUGAGAAAGCUGGAGAUGUUCUUCAAGGAGGAAGCGAGACGUGGUUGCUCGAUCAUUGAUCUUUAUGAACUUGUACAACAUGCUGGAAACAUCUUGCCUCGACUGUAUCUUCUCUGUACUGUUGGAUCUGUGUACAUUAAAUCAAAGGAGGCUCCUGCUAAGGAUGUUCUCAAGGACCUUGUGGAGAUGUGUCGUGGCAUUCAACAUCCUCUACGUGGGCUCUUCUUAAGGAGUUAUCUUUCUCAAGUCAGUAGGGAUAAAUUACCUGAUAUUGGUUCUGAAUAUGAAGGUGAUGCUGAUACUGUCAUGGAUGCUGUGGAGUUUGUGCUUCAAAACUUUACAGAAAUGAAUAAACUUUGGGUGCGGAUGCAGCAACAGGGACCUGCCCGGGAGAAAGAGAAACGGGAAAAGGAAAGGAGCGAGCUUCGUGACCUUGUUGGCAAGAACCUACAUGUUCUCAGUCAAAUAGAGGGUGUUGACCUUGAUAUGUACAAAGAUACUGUGCUUCCAAGAGUGUUAGAGCAGGUUGUUAAUUGUAAAGAUGAGCUUGCCCAGUAUUACUUGAUGGACUGCAUAAUCCAAGUCUUUCCUGAUGAGUACCACUUGCAGACUCUUGAGACGUUACUGGGUGCCUGCCCUCAGCUUCAGCCAACUGUUGACAUCAAGACAGUGCUCUCCCAACUAAUGGAGAGACUAUCAAACUAUGCUGCUUCGAGUGCAGAAGUUUUGCCUGAAUUCUUGCAAGUAGAAGCUUUCACCAAAUUGAGCAAUGCCAUUGGGAAGGUGAUUGAAGCACAGGUUGACAUGCCGGUAGUUGGAGCUGUAACUUUAUAUGUGUCUCUCCUGACAUUUACUCUUCGUGUCCAUCCAGAUCGUCUUGAUUACGUAGACCAAGUUCUGGGAGCAUGUGUGAAGAAACUUUCUGGUAAAGCAAGAAUUGAAGAUGCCAAAGCAACAAAACAAAUUGUUGCACUCCUGAGUGCACCAUUGGAGAAAUACAAUGAUAUAGUGACUGCACUGAAUCUUUCUAACUACCCGCUAGUGAUGGAUCACCUUGAUAACGCAACAAAUAAAGUGAUGGCUGUUGUUAUUAUUCAAAGCAUAAUGAAAAACAACACUUACAUUUCAACUGAUGAUAAGGUUGAAGCCCUGUUUCAAUUGAUAAAGGGGCUUAUUAAAGAUUUGGAUGGAUCUCUUGUCGAGGAGCUUGAUGAGGAGGAUUUUAAAGAGGAGCAAAAUUCUGUUGCACGUCUUAUCCACAUGCUGCAUAAUGAUGAUCCAGAGGAGAUGUUAAAGAUAAUAUGUACCGUGAGGAAGCAUAUUCUAACUGGAGGACCAAAACGCUUACCAUUCACUGUCCCUCCCCUCAUUUUUUCUGCACUCAAGUUGAUUAGACAGUUGCAAGGUCAGGAUGGGGAUGUGGUUGGAGAAGAUGUGCCUGCGACACCAAAGAAGAUUUUUCAGCUCCUGAAUCAGACUAUUGAGGCUCUCUCAUCUGUUCCAUCACCUGAAUUAGCAUUAAGAUUAUACUUGCAAUGUGCAGAGGCUGCCAAUGACUGUGAUCUUGAACCUGUUGCAUAUGAAUUCUUCACUCAAGCAUUUAUACUGUAUGAAGAAGAAAUUGCGGAUUCUAAAGCCCAGGUGACUGCAAUACACUUAAUAAUAGGAACCCUUCAGAGGAUGAAUGUAUUUGGUGUUGAAAACAGGGAUACUUUAACACACAAGGCUACAGGGUACUCGGCAAAGCUUUUAAAGAAGCCUGAUCAGUGCAAAGCAGUUUAUGCGUGUUCACAUCUCUUCUGGGUAGAUGAUCAGGAUGGUGUGAAGGAUGGAGAAAGGGUCCUACUUUGCCUAAAGCGUGCUUUAAGGAUUGCAAAUGCUGCCCAACAGAUGGCUAAUGUUACACGGGGUAGCAGCGGACCUGUCACACUCUUUGUUGAGAUACUGAACAAGUACCUCUACUUCUUUGAAAAGGGGAACCCGCAAAUUACUAGUGCAGCAAUCCAGGGUCUAAUCGAGCUAAUAACAAAUGAGAUGCAAAGCGACACCACAACAGAUCCAUUUGCAGAUGCUUUCUUUGCCAGCAGCCUCCGCUACAUUCAGUUCCAAAAGCAGAAAGGUGGUGGUAUGGGUGAAAAAUACGAGUCCAUCAAGGUGUGAUUUGCAGAAGAAUAGAUAUAGAAGUGACAGACAAAUUGCUUUGUUUUGGAGCUUUAUAAUGAUUUUAUUUCUUCGGCUUUCUAUCUCGCCGAAGAAAUAAUGAGGUGACUGCAUUUUUACAAGGGGGAAUUAACCGAUCGAGGAGGGGCGGGGGUGUCUGUUCACUUUCUUGGCAGCAUUCUUUUUCUGAGGGGACAAUCCGUUAUUUCUAACAUUACUGCCACACUUGUUGCUGCCCAUCAAUUGAUUAACCAAAUCAAGCAUACACUCAUACUACGAUAAUUUGAUUUCAUAAAUAGUCUUUUCAGGGUUACAAUGAUAGUUAGCCGUUUGAAGGGUGUUUUUUUUUUUUUUGUAUUUUUUGUCACUGCUCAGUUGUUCAAGAAUUAAUUAGUUCAAUAAUAAAUAUGUACUUUCGGUCAUUUUCUUGAAAA